CUUUACACGAUAAUCGAGUAAAUAGAAUUUGAAGUGGAUUAAUUUUUGUUUUUUUUGUAAUAACAAUCGUGGAAAUAAGAUGGCAAAACAAUCUGUGGAUCAACCGGACCAAUCUACACUCAGCAAAGCAGUUAAAAAUGUGAAGCAAAAACUUUUGACGAAACCUAAAAAAUCUGAAGCUAAAAUUCCUAUCGACAACAGCGAUGAUCCAUCCUCAACUGAAACAGUUUCGCUCAAUAGAGGGGUUGUUUAUCUUGGGCACAUUCCUCACGGGUUCUUUGAAAAACAAAUGAUUGGCUAUUUCAAGCAGUUUGGGAAGGUUACCAGAGCUAGAGUGGCUAGAUCUGUAAAGACUGGUAGAAGCUGUGGCUAUGGAUACGUAGAAUUUAUGAACACCGAAGUGGCAAAAAUUGCUGCACAAUCUAUGAACAACUACCUGAUGGCUGGAAGAUUGCUUAAAGCGACGUAUAUUCCACCUGAGAAACAGCACGGACGUUACUUUGCCGGGCGACCAUGGAGUAAGCAAAGUUACCCUCGAUCGGCGAAAAGAAAGGAAGAGAAUAUUAAAAAAAACCAAAAUGUGGAUAACGGAGUUGAAAGUAUGUUGGCCCAGCGGACAUUGAGAAAAAUUUCUGUUAUGGAGAAAAAACUUGAGCAAGCGGGAAUCGCCUAUAAGAUUGAACCUGUUGAAGUAUCCGACGACACUCGAGUAAAAAAGAGAAAGAGCUCUGCCUCUCGACCAACUUCAACAGCAACAAAAAAAAGAAAAAUUUCCAGCGGCGAGGUAGAGAGUGAUAUUGAAACUGAAGAUGUUUCUGUAAAAAAAGUAGAGAAAAAGGCAGUUGUUAAAGGACCUGCGAGUAACAAGACGGAGAAAAAGAACAUGUCAAAAUUGAAACCGGCUGACGAGAUUGCCGAAGCUAUCAAAGCUAGUAUUGCGGUAGCUCAAAAACCGAAGAAGAAAAUUUCUAGCGGCAGAAUCGAAGUGCCCGAAACAAGCUUGCCAAAAAAAUCUAAGAAGAAAAUGGCAGCUGAUGCAGUUCCUAUUAAAAAAACGAAAGAAGCAGUGUCAACUGAAUUACUUGUAGGUAAAAAAUUGAAGCAGAAAGUAGAGUCGAUCGAUCGUCCGCGCACCGCUAAGAAGUUAAAAGAGCAAGCAGCGUUGAUUGAUCAUCAGCCGACCGUUAAAAAGUUGAAACAGAAAGUACAGAAGAAAAUCCCUGCUGCUGUGCCAGUCAUUGAAAAGUCGGGACAAAAGAAAAUUUCAGUUCCAGUACCGACUGUUAAAAAAUCUAAAAAACAAAUAGCAGCUCAAGUAUCGCUAAGCAAAAAAGGGAAAAAAAAAGGUGCAGCGGCAUAAAUGAUUAUGCAUCAGAAUAAACUGGAUUUAAUUGUAAUUGAGUUUUUCAACGAUUGUUACAGAUUAGGUUUCGGUUUACUUUAUAUUUCGUGAAAGUGAUCGAUUAGAUGAAUGGAACUUUUACCUCAUAUACGAUUUUGGAAAUCGUAAAUAAUUUUUCCUACGAUUCUCGAGACGGAUUGUAGAUAAACCACGUGUAUUUUUUCACGGCGUUUAAUAAACGAAGUAUGC